CAACGUAGGUGGGGUAUCUACAGGAAUCGCCUUGUUCGAGUACGGUUAUUAACCGGAAGGCCGUUGCAUCACCCUGACCCUUGGACAGCGCGAUCAACAUGUCCGAAGCGUACGGCCAGCAAAAGCUGCGAGAUGAGCAGGUGAAGGAGACGAUCAAUCAGAAGCUGAUCGAGUCUGGCGAGAAAGAACGAUUGAAAGAGAUCUUGCGGCAAAAGCUUGUCGAGUGCGGGUGGCGUGAUGAAAUGCGCAUGUACUGCAAGGAACUGAUCAAGACAAAGGGAAUCGACCAAAUCACGGUCGACGAUCUCGUGGACGAGAUCACCCCGAAAGGGCGAUCCUCCGUGCCGGACUCCAUCAAGGCGGACAUGUUAGAGCGCAUUCGGUUGUUCUUGGAAGCGUCGUCUUGAUCGUCGUCAUAUCCAAUACCAUCACACCAUUUUCAUAUUACUUA